UUAUAGAAGAAAUCUAAUUCCCCACAACGUCUUCAAAGUUGAAACACAUUAACAUUAUUAGGAUAUAUAUAUAUAUAUAUAUAUAUAUAUUUUUUUUUUUUGUGUUCUCUUCCUCAUUCGUCUUUUUUUGUUGCUCCAGUCUCCCAACUAUCUCGGUCUUUCUUCCAUCGCUUUUCUUCUGUUUCUUUUUCAUCCCUAAAAAUUCCCUAUUAAUUCUUUGCAGCAUGAAUUUCCUUUCCAAUUCCACAGAGAGGGAAGGAGAUUCCUUUUCCUGUUCCAUCCCAGUUGAACUUUUCGUCUCAAACUCUGUACAGAAUUAAUAUAUAAAUAUUUAGACUACCACCCAGUGCCCUUUUCUAUCAACUGGGUUUUCUCGCUCGCUCCAAUUCAAUUUCAUUGAACACCCAAAUUCAAAAAAACCCAAAAAAAGAAGAAAAUGAUUGUUUCCAAUCCAUUUCUUCUUUUACUUGUACUGGGUUUUGUGUUGGUGUUGGUUCGUUUGCUUCUGUACAGAACUGGGGUGGUAUAUAUCGUGAAGAAAUGGUGGCGAGCGUUUGAGGAUUGUUUCCAUGUGUAUCAGUCUUUCAGAGUUCCUGAAUUCAACGAGAUUAGCAUGCAAGAGAAUCAGCUAUUUCACAAAGUCACCGAUUAUCUUAAUUCUUUGCCCUCCAUCGAGGAUUCCGACUUAACCAACCUCAUCACCGGGAAGAAGUCCAACGAGAUCCUCCUCAAACUCAAUCCCAACCAGAAGGUCCAAGACUAUUUUCUCGGAGCGAAAUUAAUUUGGAUAAACGAAGAAGAUAAAGCCCAAGCCCAACAACAGAGUACCAGCAGAUGUUUGGUGCUCAAGAUUCGGAAAUCUGACAAACGAAGAAUUCUCAGGCCGUAUCUCCAACAUAUCCAUACGGUUGCCGAUGAGCUUGAGCAGCGAAAAAGGGAUCCGAAGCUUUUCAUGAACGUCGAGACCAAUCGAAAAGGUCGGUGGAAAUCAAUCCCUUUCACUCAUCCUUCGACCUUCGAAACCAUCGCCAUGGAAUCCGAUCUCAAAGCCAAGGUGAAAUCCGACCUCGAGUCCUUUCUCAAGGCCAAACAGUAUUAUCACAGACUGGGCCGUGUUUGGAAACGAAGCUAUUUACUGUACGGUCCCUCCGGCACCGGGAAAACGAGUUUCGUCGCCGCCAUGGCUAAUUUCCUCUCCUACGAUGUCUAUGAUCUCGAUCUCUCCAAAAUGAUGGACGAUUCCGAUCUGAAAAUGCUAUUGUUGCAGACAACGAACAAGUCGGUUAUCGUUAUCGAGGAUCUUGACCGGUUUUUGAUCGAGAAAUCCACGGCCGUGAGCUUAUCUGGCGUAUUGAAUUUCAUGGACGGUCUUCUAAACUCGUGCUGUGCGGAGGAGAGGGUUAUGGUAUUCACGAUGAUUGGGAAGGACAAAAUUGACCCAGCAAUUUUGAGACCGGGUCGGAUCGACGUUCAUAUCCAUUUUCCGCUUUGCGAUUUCAUCGCGUUUAAGAAUUUAGCGAGCAGCUAUCUGGGUCUCAAGGAGCACAAGCUUUUCCCGCAAGUGGAAGAAAUUUUCCAAAACGGGUCGAGUUUGAGUCCGGCGGAGAUCAGCGAGCUGAUGAUUGCGAACCGGAAUUCGCCGAGCCGGGCUAUCAAAUCCGUCAUCACGGCGUUGCAAACGGACGGUGAUGGGAGGGGAACGGGGAAGAUGGGAAAGCGGAUAAUGGAGAACGGGUCGAGGAAGUCCGUAGAGGAACCGGCCCAUGUCCAACCGGGUGGGGUUUUUUGCAGUGAAGGUGUUCAGACGGUAAAGGAUUUGCGUAAAUUGUACGGAUUCUUCAGGAUGAAAAGCUCCAGAAAAUCUCCAUCGUUCGAUGAGAGUACGGAGCAGAAAGAUGGUUAAUCGGUAGAAAUGUAGGGGUAAAAAAUGUAACAAAAUUUCUAUUUGUCAAAAGCCAAAAGGAUUAUUUUGUUCAUAAGCAUAAAAAUACGUCAUAGUUUUUCCUUUUUUUUUUAACUUUUAAUACAACUACCACCAUUUGAUAAUCGUUGCUCGGAUGCUUCUGUAAGUUUGUUGAUAAUCCUUUUUAGAAUAUGAAUUCCCACUUUUGUUCUUCUU